AUGGAACAACGAAAUGGUUGGGCAGUUCUUACAAAAGCGGAAGAGAUUGCUACCAAAUUACGCAUUCGGCAUUUGCAGGAUCAACCAUUAUCACAAUUAUCUGGAGGGGAGAGGAAACGGGUAGCUUUGGCAAGUGCAUUGGUACAAGAGCCAGAUGUGCUAUUACUCGACGAGCCGACCAAUUUCCUGUCUCUGGCGGGAGUCCAAUGGCUUUCAGACUUGCUCAAGGAGAAUCCAAAGUUGACACUUUUGAUGGUCACGCAUGACAGGGCAUUCCUGGAUGAAGUUAGCAAUUGCAUCUAUGAGCUCGAUCAUGGAUCGCUCUACCAGCAUGAGGGCACGUAUGCCCAGUACUUGGAAGCAAAGGAAGCGCGUUGGGCGGCACAGGAUGCCGCCACUCAGGCUGCCAAGACCAAGUUCAGGGGAGAACUUGAGUGGAUGAGACGACAACCUCAGGCUCGACAAUCAAAGGCCAAAGCCCGCAUUGAUGCUUUUUACAAACUGGAAAAGGCAACGAAACCAAGGCCACGGGAUGCCUCUCUGAAUAUUGAGAACGCUGGCCAAGAACGACGAUUAGGUGGAAAGAUUCUUGAGUUGCGCAACCUAAACCUCAAGUUUGGGGAUCGCGUGAUGCUUUCGGACUUUAGCUACGACUUUUGCGCAGGAGAUCGAAUAUGCCUCGUUGGCUCGAAUGGAGUUGGCAAGACAACAUUUCUGAAAGUCUUGACGGGGGACUUGCCAUUUGACAGCGGAAAGCGUGAAGUCGGCGAAACCAUUGUCAUGGGAGUUUACGACCAAUUGGGUUUGACCCUUACGGAGCAAGAACAAAGGGAACUGACAGUUCUUGACUUUGUCUUGGAAAAGGUGCAGGCUACACAAAGCCCAGGUAGUGACAACCCGGGGGUUGUGGCUCAAGACGAAGCCCGACGGCUGCUGAAACAGUUUGAGUUUCCCCGGCCUCGAUGGAUGGAAAGGGUUUCAAUGCUAAGCGGGGGUGAGAAGAGGCGACUGCAAUUGCUCGAGGUCAUAAGUAAGAGACCCAACUUCCUGCUGAUGGACGAACCGUCUUGCGAUAUGGAUCUCAAUACGCUCGCUGCCUUGGAAGCGUAUUUGAACGACUUUAAAGGAGUUGUCAUUGCUGUAAGCCAUGAUCGGAGUUUUGCCGAUAGGUGCUCGGACCACUUAUUUGUGUUUGAGGGAGACGGCAUUGUUAAGGACUACCAAGGUUCUCUUUCAGAAUAUGCCUCUUGUCUGAUCGAUCUUGAAGAUGACAAGAUACAAAAGCAACAACUUGGCGGCACAACAGUGGAGAAAGGCCAGAAGAGGAUGGAUUUCAAAGAGGACAAAGCAAAACGGAACGAACAACGAAACGCUAUUCGUCGUGCGAAGAAAGACAUGUCCAACCUCGAGAGGGCCAUCGAAAAGCUCAAAGCACAAGCUCAUAGUGUCCAAACGGAAAUUGAUGGGAGCAGUGACGAGGGAUGGACAGUGUUGGCAGAACUGACGGAGAAGAUGAACAAACUCAAUGAUGAGAUUGAUGAAAAGGAAAUGCGAUGGCUAGAAGUUGCAGAAGAGCUGGAGGCUGCCGAAUUGGAAGUUUAA